AUGCCGAAGAAGCGACCAGCUGCAUGCUUGGACGAUGGGGAUGAUGAUGAGAAAGAUGAGGAGGAACACGAGGCGUUCCUGCAGAACGAUUGGUUCAUGAAUGCCUUCGAUGACAUGCUGGGGGGCAACGACCCGACCGUGAGGCUCGGGUUGCGGGCACGCAUUAUCGGUGUAAAGUUUCGGCUGGCUUCGACGAACUAUUGGAAAACUUAUGUUCCCAAGUCACUUCAUGACAUGCCUGGCCUGGCCUCUGCAGUGAACGACAUCCUUGCUCAUCCAGCCAUUCAUCUCCGAGUUCUGCCCGAUGCAGUUCUGAGCAGCAAAUUGCUCGCUCACGCCCACGAAGUCAUAGGGUGGGAAAAUCCUGCCUACGGCUACGAGCUUGAGGGUAUCAUGGAAUCUUCCUUGAUUCUGACAUGGGGUGCAAACCCCCGCUGUGCAAAUGAAGCGGGUGCAGUGGCUUUCUCCAUGACGCCGCAGCCGCAGGCCAUCGGCACGUCGAGACCCAGCAGCCUCAAGCGGAAGACCGAGAACGAAAAGCCCGCACCACCGCAAAAGGAACCCGAGAAGGAGAAGCCCGCACCACCGCAAAAGAAGCCCGAGAAGGAGAAGUCCGCACCACCGCAAAGGAACCCCGAGAAGGAGAAGUCCGCACCGCAAAAGAACCCCGAGAAGGAGAAGUCCGCGCCGGAAAAGAAACCCGAGAAGGAGAAGCCCGCUUCUUCCCAGCAGAAGCCCGAGAAGGAGAAGCCCGCCAUCACCCGGAAGGAGGGCGACAUAUGGUGGGAGGAAACUUUAGGAAAGGCUUGUCGCCAGAUGAAGAAGGGCACGGAUGUUUCCGGGCAACCGAGCCUGAAUGAGGCUGGCUCGGUGGUUGUGGUGUUUGACGAUGGGACCGAAUGGAUGCCGCCACUGAUCCCUGCCGAUCUCGCGAAGUUCGCUUCCGCUGGUGGGUCUGUGAUGUCCGUACCUAAGAAGCCCAAUAAGGCACCUCGACCGGCUUCGGAUAAGCCUGUGCCAGACUACUGCCUGCCGACGAUCCGGGCGAAGUUCUCCAAACAGGGCAAAUGCUCGCCCAUAAUAAAAGUGGAAGCUCGGUGCGACCGGUACAAUCUGUCGUCGGCAUGGAAGCAGCGACUACAGGUUGUGGUGAAAGGCGACAUGACGGCCACCGUAGGAAUGAACAUCUGCUCGACAUUUUGUGACUGCUAUGAGCACCUCAACCUCAAUCAAGGGCUGUUGGACUUCAAGCAGUGCAGAAACAACUUGAUCGAAAUGUGGCAAAAUGGCACACACGACUUUGCCGCAUCGAAGAUGUCAUGGGAGCUUCUUUCCAAGCAGAUGAAGGAUGCUUUCCCUCCGGCACCGACGAUGCUCUAUUUUACUUCAGAGAAGUCGCUCGCCGAAGAGGCGGAUGAGGAUGAGGAGCCUGACAACGAAGACGAGGAGGAGCAGCAGGCCAAUGGUGCUUCCCAGGCAGAGCCACAGGCCGAUGGUGCUUCCCAGGCAGAAGAGCCGCAGGCCGAUGGUGCUUCCCACGCAGAGCCGCAGGCCGAUGGUGCUUCCCAGGCAGGUGCUUCCUCGGCUUUGCAGACAAAUCCAGCAUCUACGUCUACUGGUGGUGAUGGAGACGAGCAAGGUGUGCGAGAUGUGCAAAAGGCCAUCGUCAACUUUGCUUCGUACCACAAGCUAGAUGUGUCGGCAGUGACGAAGAAGCAGGUGAUCGACUCUACCGAAGGCAUCAUGUUCUGGGCUACGCAAAAGGAAGAUCUUUCGGCCCGUGGCUCGCAUGCUCAGCAGAUGAAGCGAGCCAUGAAGUGGCGACCAGACAUGAGUGCCGCUUACAUGGUACUCACCGAUGCGAUGAAGCUCGAGUUUCGACGUGCUUGGACGGCUACCAAGUCUUUCGACUUUAUGGUCACGACUCGUACCACCUCUACGUCUUUCAGAAAAAGACGUGAUGAAAUCGGAAAGUUUGUUACCAAGCUUCAGUUGGUCAACAUCCUCGGCGGCACCGAUCAACCUGAAGCAGUGAGGCAGGCGGAUCGCUACAUUGCUAUGUGCUCACGACCGGGCUUGAAGGACGAAAGCUUUCUCAACUUCGAGUUCUGCACCCUCUACAAUGAUUGGUUGGAUGCCAUGACCUAUUUUUGGGUGGAGACGUUGAUUUCAUCGAGCAACGAGCAGCAGUGGACCAACACGGUCACAGUGGAAACUAGGGAGACUGUGCCCAACAGCCUCGCCGAGAAGGUCAAUGUGUGCCAAGCACUACGUGCUUAUGCUCAUGCGAUGCAGAAGCCUCUUAACCAGGUCUCUGAAAAGGAUGUUGCCGAGACUACUUUGGGUAUCAAGGGCUACGCCGAGCUCUACAAGACCAUGUCCCCCGAAGCCCAAGCAAACUUCCCGAGGAAGGAUGGCAGCAACAACGCAGCCUUCACCAAGACUGGAAAGGAUGCUGUUGAAGCAGGCAGAGCCAAUAAGAGAACCAAGCAGGCGGCUGAGGAAGCCGAUGGCAAUGGAAGUCCUGGCCCGGACGGCUCUGACACUCCGAACCCGAAAACCAAAACCAAGAAGGACCAGACAGGCCCUAAGAAAGAGAAGGAAGUGAAAGAGUUCCUGGCAAUGGAACAAAGCUCAGAUGUGGCCAUCGGCCGUGUGAUGCAUGAGAAAGCAAAAAACCCCGAUGGCUGGACUUGGGCUUCUGACCUGCUGGCCUCCUACAAGAACUUUCGCACUGAGGUUCUCAAGCUCUACUGCGACAACCCUGACUUCCAAUCGCUCAAGGUGGCAGCCCUCAGCCCCAAGGAGAGUGCAAAGAUCAAGAAGGAGCACGGCGACGGCUACGUGGGCAAGCUGGUGGAGUUUGUCACUGUCCUGGGGCCGCCGAUCACCAAGAUGGCCGAGGCAGCCUUCCAAAUUGAGCAAAUGGCGAGUGCCAAACUUUCGGCCGCAGACGCUCUCAAGAGUGCCAGCAAGCCAAAGGCUAAGGCCAAGGGUAAGGGCAUCAAACGAACCGCUUCCACUAGAUCCCUGCCGUCUGUAGUGUAG